UGUUUACUUUGCUUUACGUCCACCGAUAGUUGACAGCCGGUACAACCGGGCAGGGCCAUCGUCUCCGUCAAGACAGCCAGAACUUCCCAGAGGAAAGAAUAAGGCGGCUCAGAGCUCACCCGUCCGCCGGGGGUGCUGCAUGUGACGCCCGGGAGCUGUGUGUGCCUCGGAGCGCCGACGCUGUCCCGGCCGCAGUGAAUGCAGCACCGCAUGCUAACGCUACAUGUAUGUGAUACUAAAAACACGGAAGGAACUGUGAAAUUCAGCUGAAAUGGAUCCUAACCGGAUCAUCCAGGCCCUGAAGGGAACCAUCGACCCGAACCUGAGGAUAGCGGGGGAGCAUGAGCUCAACCAGUCGUACAAGAUCAUCAACUUCGCCCCCACCCUGCUUCAGAUAAUCGUGUCGGAGCAGGUGGAGUUUCCUGUUCGCCAGGCAGCGGCCAUCUACCUGAAGAACAUGGUGAGUCAGUACUGGCAGGACAGGGAGCCCUCUCUGGGGGAAGUGAUCUUUCCCUUCAACAUCCACGAGAACGACCGGCAGCAAAUCAGAGACCACCUAGUGGAGGGUAUCAUCCGCUGUCCUGAGUCAAUACGUUCGCAGCUGACCAUGUGUCUGCGAGUUGUCAUCAAACACGACUUCCCAGGCCGCUGGACAGCCAUAGUGGAUAAGAUCGGCGCGUACCUGCAGUCUCAGAGCAGCGGCAGCUGGUACGGCAGCCUGCUGGCUCUCUACCAGCUGGUCAAAACAUACGAGUACAGGAAGGCGGAUGAGAGGCAACCAUUGUUGGCAGCAAUGCAGAUCUUUCUGCCGAGGAUUCAGCAGCUCAUCAGCCAGCUGCUGGCCGACGCCACCAUCUUCUCUGUCCUCAUCCAGAAACAGAUCCUUAAGACCUUUCACGCUCUCGUACAGUACUCGCUGCCUCUCCAGCUGAUCAACAACACAGUGAUGACUCAGUGGAUGGAAAUCCUUCGAGCGAUAAUGGACCGAGGCGUCCCAGCUGAGACCCUAGAGGUGGAUGAGGACGACCGGCCUGAUCUGGCAUGGUGGAAGUGUAAGAAGUGGGCGUUACGCAUCAUCACCAGACUGUUUGAACGGUAUGGAAGCCCUGGCAAUGUGACAAAGGAGUAUAACGAGUUUGCAGACUUUUUCUUAAAGACAUACGCAAUGGGCAUACAGCAGGUCCUGCUGAAGGUGGUGGACCAGUACAGACAGAAGCAGUACGUUACCCCUCGUGUCCUGCAGCAGUGCCUCAACUACCUCAACCUGGGCCUGUCACACUCACUGACCUGGAAACACAUGAAACCACAUAUGCAGACCAUAUGCCAGGAGGUCAUUUUUCCACUGAUGUGUUACAAAGAUGAGGAUGAGAAGCUUUGGCAGGAAGACCCUUAUGAGUACAUCCGCAUGAAGUUCAACCUCUAUGAUGACCAUGCCCUACCAGCCACUGCUGCCCAGAGCUUCCUGUGUAAAGCUGCUCGCAAGAGGAAGGAGGUUCUUCCUCAGAUGAUGGAGUUCUGCCACCAGAUACUGAGGGACCCCUCGGCCGACCCCCGCAGGAAGGACGGGGCCCUGCACUGCAUUGGAGCUCUGGCUGAGCUCUUACUGAAGAAGCGGGGGUACAAGGAGCAGAUGGAGCUGAUGCUGCAGAACUAUGUCUUCCCUCUGCUCAACUCUCCUAUGGGUUACCUUCGAGCCAGGUCGUGCUGGGUGCUUCACUCCUUCAGCCCUUUGCGUUUUCACGAUGAGCUCGUACUGAGGAACGCUGUGGAAUUGGUCAAACAGGAUCUGAUCGAGGACAAAGAGAUGCCUGUCAAGGUUGAAGCCGCCAUUGCUCUGCAGACCCUGGUCAGCAACCAGGAACAAGCCAAGAUCUACAUCAGAGCCCACAUCAGGCCCGUCAUGCAGGAGCUGCUGCACGUGGUCAAAGAGACGGAGAAUGACGACCUGACCAAUGUCAUUCAGAAGAUGAUCUGCGAGUACAACCAGGAGGUGGCUGCCAUUGCUGUGGACAUGACACAGAACCUGGCAGAUAUUUUCACCAGAGUCCUACAAAGUGAGGAGUAUGAGGAGAACGAGGACAAGACCGUCAUGGCGUUGGGCAUCCUCAGCACCAUCGACACAAUCCUCACCGUCAUGGAGGACCACAAGGAGAUCACUCAGCAGCUGGAGGGGAUCUGUUUGCAGGUGAUCGGUCUGGUCUUGCAAAAGCCCAUCAUAGGUAUGGCAGAGUUCUACGAGGAGAUCUUGUCCCUGGCGUUCGGCCUCACCUGUCAGAGCGUCUCCCCUCAGAUGUGGCAGCUACUUGGCGUACUGUAUGAGGUGUUCCAGCACGACUGCUUUGACUACUUCACAGAUAUGAUGCCUCUUUUGCACAACUAUGUUACCGUGGAUACAGAUAUGCUCCUGUCGAACCCUAAGCACUUGGAAGUCAUCUACAGCAUGUGCAAAAAGGUGUUAACCAUAGAUGCAGGGGAGGAUGCAGAGUGUCACGCUGCCAAACUGUUGGAGGUCAUCAUCCUGCAGUGCAGAGGAAGAGGCAUUGACCAGUGCAUCCCUCUGUUUGUGGAGGUAGUUCUGGAACGUUUGAUGCGGGGGGUGAAGUCCAGUGAGCUGAGGACCAUGUGCCUGCAGGUAGCCAUUGCUGCUCUGUACUAUAACCCAGCUCUGCUCAUCCACACUCUGGACAAUAUGCACUUCCAGCACAACCCCCAGCCCAUUACUGCCCACUUCAUCAACCAGUGGAUGAACGACACAGAGUUCUUUCUGGGGCUCCAUGACCGUAAGAUGUGCAUCGUUGGCCUGAGCGUGCUGAUGGAGCUGCCCCACCGGCCCCCAGUGCUGGAGGGGGUCUCUGCCCAGAUCCUCCCCUCAGUUCUGCUUCUGUUCCUGGGCCUCAAACACCUCUACGCCUCCCGCCUCGUCAACAAACCAGAGCUGCUGGCCAAUGCAGGGGCACAGGACGAAGACCAGAAUGAGGAGAUUCCCAGUGAUGAAGAUGAGGUGAGCGAGAACCAGAGCGCCAUGCAGCAUCAGUCCAGCAGUCAGGCCGGGGAGGAGGAGGAGGAGGAGGAGGAGGACGACGACGACGAAGAGGAUUACUGGGAUGACGACGGGUUUGAGGGAACGCCCCUGGAGGAGUACAGCACUCCGCUGGACUACGACAACGGAGAGGACGAGUAUAGCUUCUUCACCUCCGCCCUGCUAAGGAUCCAGAAUGCUGAUGCAGCAUGGUACCAGAGUCUGACUGCGCCACUCAGCGACGACCAGAAGAAACAGCUGCAGGAGAUCUACAGUGUUUCUCAGCAGAGGAGGAGCACUGCUGCCAAGUGAUGCUGUGGAGAAAGAUGGACGGCAGAAUCGGUGUGUGUGUGUGUGUGUGGUGGUGUGUGUGUGUGUGUGUGUGUGUGUGUUGUGUGUGUGUGUGUUGUGUGUGUGUGUGUGUG